AUGUUCACCUUUGACAAUGCCAUUGCAUAUGCACAAGAUGUUCUCCAUUCAAUCGCUUGUGAGUGGAGAGGAUGCGAGGCAACAAUGAACAGCUGGCGACAGUUACAGAAGCACCUCAAAAUGCACUGUCAAAACCAGCAUGCUCAAGGCACAUAUGAUUGCCAUUUUCACAAAUGUGCUGGUCGCAUUCAUGCAUCGUUUAUUGGCCUUUGGGAGCACAUCAAGCUUAGCCAUCUGUCUCGUGUUACACUACUCUGCCCUGUUUCUGAUUGCCCUCACACCUUCAGUGGUCAUCAUUCAUUGCUCAUGCCCCACAUCUGUGAUAUCCACAUGAAGUUGGUUGACAGACCAAUGGCAGAGAACACUGGCAGGCUAAGGCCAACAUAUCGACCAUACAACCCAGUGCUUCAAGAUCUGCCACCACUCCCCAGAAAUAACAUACCCAUCUACAUGGUAACAGCCUUGCCUGUGAGCAAAGCCAUCAAUCCUCGAGGUCAGAGGUCAGAGAUGUUGUCAAAAAUCACUCAAAGGUCAAAGAAGAUGAGCAGGAAGGAGCAGGAAGAAGAAGAUGAGGAGGAGGAGGAUGCUCAGCUGUUUGAUGACCUUCCCAACAUUGACAUGGAAGGAAUCAACAUGUCCAGGGCACCCAUCCUUCAGCCCAGAUCAGAGCAGCUGUGGCUGCAGCUGUCUAGGCCAUACAGCAUCCUCUCAUCUCGAGUUGAGGAGACAAAACCUGCAGUCAGCAUGGGCUACGGGGCUUUCUGGGCUGAGUUUAAAAAGAUGGAAGAGGCGGGGCUCAUCGAUGGUGCAGGAGAAUGGCCUGAUGCAGAGGAAGAUGAGUAGCUGAGGACCAAAGGGUAUGUGGCCAUCUGCAGUCAUGAUUAUACUAUAGGACAGUACAUAAGCUAUUGUAGUACUCUAUAGCGCGUUGUAGCCGCG